UGGGUGUUGACACUGGGGGAACAGGAACAACACGGGUGUCAUGGCUCGCCUCCUGUAACCACGCAGUUACCACCCCUACCCCAUGACAGCAUUGCUGUGUUAGCGAGACAACUCCCGCUGCUGUCCCUCUAGUUCAUCUUGUCUGUAAGAUGAGGUGACAAGAGGUAGACAUGUUCAAGUGGUUUCAGAACCGUCUUCAAAAAGGCAGUGGACACUCUGUUGUAGAGUGUGGUAACAAAUAUGAUGCCAUCAUCCAUGACUGUGAUGAAGUAGAGAUGGCAGCAGAAGCAGUUCAGGGUGAGGUAGAAGCUAGUAUUAAUGAUGAUUCCAAGGAAGAUGAUACUCAUCUUUUAGAGGUUAAUCCUGCACAAAUAGAUCAAGCACAAGUGACUCAGACACAAACUUUUUCAUGUGAUAGUCAUCAAGACCCAAAAUUUGACAACCUUUGUAGUAUUAAGAAAACUGAACUGUGUGAAAUACUACAAGAGGUAAAUGGACAAAUGCAGAUUAACCCACUUGAGCAAAAGUUACAAGAUAAUGGCAUAUUGUCUGCAACAAAAGAAAAUCAUAAUAUUCCAAGGAUAGAGAUUGAAGAAAUUAUAUCAGAAUCUUUAAACCAGAACAUUUUUGCAGUUGACAGAGAGUUACAAGUUAAGGAAACACCAAUUAUAUCAGAAAAUGUAAAUCAGAACAUUUUUGCAGUUGACAAAGAGUUACAAGUAAAGGAAACACCAAUUAUAUCAGAAAAUUUAAAUAAGAAUUUUUUUAUGGUGGAAAAAGAGUUACAAGCAAAGGAAACGUCAAUUAUAUCUGAAAAACUAAAGCAGAACUCUACUCUAGUUAACAAAGAGUUACUAGCAAGGGAAACACUGCCGCAGCUUCCAGAACACAGCACAGGACCAAAGGUUCAGUGUAAUGAAUCUUUCUCAAAGGCCCAGGAAAAUGUUGCAAUUUCUUCAGGAAUGCAAUCAUUUGUUAAUUUAGAGCAAGGCUGUCUAGGUACUAAUGACGACUCACAAGAUUUGGAAAGAUUUCAUUGUAACAUUAAAGCAUGGAAAAGCAAUGACAAUUUGACCAAUACAUUGGAAGAUGUACCAGUUAAAAGUUACUUACAGUUUGACAAUGAUUCUAAUUAUCUUUCAGUAGGAUUAUCUGGGAAUUUUGAGACUGGCAGUGACACUGACAUUAAUGGCGUUAAUAAAAAUGCAGAAAGCCUAUUUAUCAGUUGCCAAACACUUGAGAGUGAGGGUAGUAAUACAAAUUUGUUGUACAAUGAUACCAUAUUUGACUCAGAUAAUGAAAAUUGCUUUGAAGAUAAAGCAGAAAGUUUUAAUCAGUAUAGCCCCAGUGUUUCAUUGAAAUGCACUUCAAGUGAGACAGAGGAAUUGUCAGAUGUCUUAAAAUUGGAAGAAAUCAAUGGACAUGAAAAUGUGGCAUCUGCAGCAGUCAGUCCACCAAAUGCAAAUGCAUGUGAAAGGCAGCCAGUAUCAGUGAGUAGACUAAAUGUUAGCAGCAGUCUGGCAAGUGGAAAGGAUCCCUGUGUAGAUCCUUAUCCUCGGGCAUGUCUUCAGCUGUCAUGCCUUUACAAUCAUCAUGGUAAACUAUGCACCGUUUUGGAUGACCACUUUAUUUUAACAUACGUUAAAGAAGCACCUGUGCUCGUUAGCUUUCGCAUAGCGAGUUCAGAUACAACACCAGUUGGGUGUGUAUUCCUUUGGAAAACUGGCAAACCUUUUCUACUUGAGCGGCUGCCAGAUGGCACAGAAGUCUGCUUUGAUGCAGUUGUAAUGCCAAAUGAUACCAAAUUUACUGCUUUAGUUAUCUGGCAAGGUGCAAAACCUGCAUUAAGUAUUGAGCCAUACUUUAAUUCAUAUGUUUUUGUAGAAGAGUUACAAGAUCUUGAGGUUAAUUUAAUUUCAUUUCGGAAGGAAAAUGGACUGGUUAGUACUGUCAUUGAUGGUGAAAUCCAAUUGGCAUCAUUUAGUAAAUCUGUUGUCUUUAUUAAUGGGAAGAAGGUUGAAAAUAUUGAUGAUAUAAUGCAGUUCUCACGCUGUAAUUCACAGCAGUUAUUUGCAAAUGUAUGUAAGCUUGCAAGUGUUGAUUUUGCUGGUAAAAUAAUUUUUGGUUUUAUGUGCUCCUGCCUAUGGUCUGGCAAGAAGAUUACCAAAUUAAAUUUAUCAGCAGUCUUAAAUCCUUUUAUGUUGUAUAGAAAGGGAUGUGGGUUUUAUGUUCAAGGAAAGAGACAGAUAAAUUUGUACUGUGAUGCAGAUGUUGAAUUAACUGUGAAUAACAAGGAUUAUAAUAUUGUUUAUAAAAGUGAGGUGGGAGACAUUUCAAUUGUAUGCCAUCGAAAUAGAAUGUUUUGUGGUAAUAGAAGAGUUGUGCCCACAAGUGGUGGAAAAGUGAAGGCUCACAUCAGAAGGGUGAUCAGAAAAACUGGGAAACUAGUGUGGGAAGCCGUAAUGGUCCAAAUUCCAGAUACAUUACUGAGUGAGGUUGAAGAGGCAAGUAUUACUAAUGUAAAUAACUGCAAAGAGGCAGCUAAAGAAAUGUCUUCCAUAACUGUAUCUGAAGAAAAGUGUCUUCCAUUUCCUUCGAAAGGUAAUGAUAAGUCUGGAGCAGAAGUAGAAGAAAUAAUGGAGCUUUAUGAUACAGGUAGAAAGCCAAAACCACUUGCCAGUUGCUCAAAUGAAAACAAUACUGAUGAUAUAAUCAAACUGAAUAUAUCAGAGACAACUUCAUGCACAAUAGAAGAUAAUGUUACAAAUGAUAAACAGUAUGUGUCUUCAGUUGGUAGCAACUUACAUAUGGUUGAGAUACAUAAUAAGAAUUCAGAAAGAACUCUUGUUAAAUCAGAAGUAAAUGCAACCAAUUCUGCAUUAGACUCAAAUUGUAAUACUGCAAGCUAUGCAGAAAUUUUAAAGAAAAGAACAAGUGAGAAUAUUUCAAACAAAUAUAAUGAGAAAGGUAAAUACACUCAUAAAGCUGUUCCUAAGGUGUUAAAGAAUUGCUCUGGAAAAAUGCGCUGGCUGGCUGAUUCUGAAGCGUUUAAGAUAGACACCGUAUUAAAUGGAAACCCCUAUGUAGUUCAUGUUGGGAGUGCAGCAUGGAUGGUUGAAAAUGGUAUUUGUGUCCCAGUUGAAAAACGUACAUCAAGUUUACCCGUAUCAUUUGAUAUAUAUUUUGAUGACAGUCUACGACAUGGACACCGCAUAGCAGCAUUGUGGGUAGGAGAGAAGCCAAACAGAGGUGUCAACAAAAAUGGGAUAUUUUACUUUGAUAUACUGGGCAUUUAUCUUGGCCUUCAUGAAGGUGACAUGAAAUUUCGAGUAUGCAUUGACAACGUUAGUAUUUAUAUUAAAGCCUGCAGUACUAAUAGGGUGUAUUCUGCAGAAGGAGAAUAUUUGCAAUCAGUCCCUUCCAAUUCUUCUGUAGUUGUUCACUUGCGAAAAUUGAAUGAUAAUGCUUCUGGACGAGUAAUCUGGAAAACCCUACUCAUUAUUGUUCAGCCACAUAAGCAGCAGGCUGUUCAAAAACCCUUAUCAGAUAACAUUGAGGACCUUUCUGAAAAAUCAAUUUUUGUCAACAGUGACUCAAGUAAACAAAUUUCAUUGAAGCCAAAUUGCCGCACAUCUUUGGUAGAUCUUCCUCAAUAUAUCAAGAAUUUUCCAGGAAUAUUAAUGCUAAAUGAAGUAGAUAAGAUUGCUUUGUUCUCUUGCAUUGGUGGUACUGCACUGUGGACUUCACUUCCCAAAAAUGGCUUUGUGUGUGUUGAUGGUAAAGUUGCAGAAAUUGCAGAUAUUCCCCUUGGAACUGGACUCACAUUUGAUGCAUUUUGUGACUCCCCAUCAAUAGGCAAGUAUACUGCUGUUAUAGUGUGGACUGGAAAGAGGCCCCAUGAAGCAAAAUAUGCAGAUGGAACAAAAUACUUUUAUGAUGUGAAAGGUUUAUAUUGUGGUAUCAGUAAUGGUAAAUUUGUAAUUCAGUUACAAUUGGAUGGUAAGCUUCAAAAUAUCACGUUUCAGAAAACAGGGCGUGUCAUCAUGCCAGAUGGAAGUGUUAAUUCAAACAGUUUGACAUGUGGGGACAAAAUACAUGCACAUCUGAAGUAUAGGGUAAAGUUGGGUGUGUGGCAGGUGAUAUUGAUGUUCAUGUUUAUUGAUGAAGAUCCAUUCAGAGACUUGGAAGGUCAUAAUAAAGUGAAAAUAUCUGCUACAGAGAGCUGUGCAUCUAAUGAUACCUCAAUAUCUCAAUCAUUCUCAAGAUCAGGUAAUGAUGAUUUUCUGAAGCCUAUGGAGAAUACUGAAAAUGUUUCUCAAGGAACUAUGCAGCAAGUUUUACUCUCUGAAGAGCCUGGUAUUUAUGGAGAACUUCCUUGUUAUUCACAGACUGAAACUGACAUUGCAGUGACUGAAGACUCGACUUUAUAUUUGAAUGAUUGCUCUGGCACAUUAGUUUUUAUUGAUAUCAAUAAGAGAGCCAUAAAAAUUUUAUUCAAGGAGCCAUUGACAAUACUUUUAAGUGCAUACCAGCUUAUUUAUCAGGAAAAUGGGAGAGCGUUAAGUGUUUUAGAUGUUCCAGUUGGUUCGACUGUGAAAUUUGAUGCUCUUCGUAGUAGUAAGGAAAUUGGCUUUAAACCUCUUAUGAUUUGGGUUGAAAAGAGACCCUGUACACUUGCAGAUGAUUGUGGAAACACAUAUUUUUAUGAUGUGAAAGGAAUUUAUCUAGACACUCAGAAUGGGUACUAUAAACUUAUCUUGGAAUUUGAUAGCAAGAUAAAACAUUUACUGGUAAAUGAAACUAGGCAUGUCUACUUUCGUAAUGGAAGAACUGCACUACAUGCAUUGAAAACUAUGGUUAAAAUAGUGGUGCAUCUCAAAAAAGGAAAUGUUGAAGAGGAGUUUGGAACUAAAUGGAAAGCAAUAGUAAUUUUUGUGAUUCCCGAAUCUAAUGAAUCAAUUUUCACUCGGCUCUGUGAUGCUGCUCUCAACACACCACUAGCAAACUUAGAAAAUGAGCAGUCAGUCUUGACUGAAUCUUUUGAUGUUAAUUCUAAAUAUGCAAAUCUAAAUUUGCAACAAAGCCCCACAGAAAAUAUCAAUUCAAAUAUGACAGAACAUACCCCAUCAUUAGUUUGCUUUUCGGUUUUUGGAGGAAAAGUUGAAACCGUAGUUGGUACUGAAUUUAAAUUUACGUACAUGCAUGAAGGCCAUACAAGAACUCUGUUGAUAGCCACAGAUAUUUGUUUGGACAAGCCCUCUCAAACCACAUCGGGUAUGUCUUUUUAUCUCAUGACCCGGCGCAGUGGUCAUAAUGGUAAAGUUACACCACAUCAUGCAAUAUGUGGCUGGUUUUAUAGGAAAAAACACGAAGCACAUGUCAUAAAUUGCUAUAAAAUUAAGUACUUCGAUCCCAGAAAAAAGCUGAUUUGCCUAACAAAUCCAAAUGAUGGAAGCCAGCAUUUUUUCCUGUGUGAUAAUGAAUAUUUGUUUAUGGGAAGGACAAAAUCUCGUAUUGAGAAUACCAGUAAUCAGUUAAAUGUGCAUGCUGUAGUGGAAGACAUUGCACCAUUUGUUGUUGAAGGUGUUUCAGUACCGCGAAGAAUCCUGCUUCUUACAAGCAAUAUGGGGCUCUCGCUGGCAUCCCAAAAAUUUCUUGUACACUCACAGAUUGAAAAUGAAGUAAAUGAACUCAAGUUAGAUGAUAAUUUAGGCACUGAGAUUGAUCACUUGGAGAAACCAGAGCCAAGUAGUACCUCCAAGAAACAUGUAUUUGAACUGAAGCAGGCAAGUCCAUUAACCAUACAAGAUGAAAUUGGUGAUGAAACUUUUGUUGAUGAAAGCAAAGUAAGUCCCUCGUUUGUAGAUGAAGAUCAUCUUGAAGAUCAUAAAACAAGUUGCCCAGAAAAGGAAGUGAAUGUGAUAUGUGAUGUACAUAAUUUGUCCAGAACUGGUUCUUAUACAAGAUCAGGUUCAGAAUACCUGAACCUGUUGUCCAGUUCUAAAUUUGUCCUGAAAAACACAUUAAGUCAAUCCCUUGUUGAAGGUCGACCUGUUGACAAGAAUGUACUGUGUGGCGAAACUUUGAAAAGGCUUAUUGCCAUAAAGUCAUUAGAGGCUUCAACUGAGCAGUCUAGAAUGAAACCAAAGUAUCUGACUCUUAAAGGUAAUAUAGUUCAUGGAUUUCAAAAUGGGUCCUUUGUCUUUCAGUGCGAAGAGGAAUAUAGAAGCAUAUAUUUGUCAUCUGAAAUUCCACAUUUAAACCAUAGAGAUACACAGAAUCAUAGUGAGAAGAGCUAUCUUUUUGUUCAUAAAAUGACUGAUAAGAAAACUAAGGAGUUGAUUUACAAUCCUUUGUUCAUAUGGCAUGAGGGAUACAAAUGCAAUCCCUAUAUUCUCAUCAACCAAAAGAUUAUUCUGUUUAACCCACAAAAUAAUUUACUUGUACUUGGUAAUGUCCAGAACAAUAGCUUACAGUAUUGCAUUGUUGAACCUGAUUGUGCAUUUACCACCAAGUUUAAGAAGAGUAUCAAUGAUUUCUGUAAAUUUGUGGAGGAUGAAUUGUUAUCAAUAUAUGUUGUUGUGGAAGACAUCUCGCCAGUAUCAGUUGCUGACUAUCUUGUAAAUAAGAAAAUUCUUCUUAUUAGUAGCUGCCUUUCUCUAGCGUUAUCAUCUAUAAACACUUUUACAUGUAACAAAAGCAAGAAUUAUUUGGUAACCAAAGAUAUGAUUUGUAAAAUUCGGGAAUUAUUUCAGAUAUAUGAAGAAAGAUGCAGCAGUGCACGUGUGUGUAAAGGAGGCUCCAACUAUCACAUGUGCGAUAGUUCAUUUUACACUGCUUAUGGCAUAAAAGGUGUUGGUGGCUGUCUACAGUUUUGCAUAGAGGAAUAUGCUUUUAUUUUGUGUGAUAAAAAGAAGACUAUUGCAGUAUGUCACAUAUCCAACACAUACUAUCAAGGUAGAAAUGUUUCUUCAUGGGAUGAAAUAGACAAGAAAUUCUGGAAAAACUUUUUUAUAAUUACUAGUUCACUAGAAAAGGAGAUCAAGAUUCAAGAUGAAAGUGUUGGGGCCUUGGGUUUAGUCGCCUGGUCAUGUUGUGGCCCCGAGAUCGUUACAGUGCAUGUAUGUCACAUUCAUGAGCCAGUAGUGUAUGUGUAUAAGGGUCUAGCUUCUAUGAAUGAUGAAGAAACACAAGUUACUCAUCCUCUUGAUAACAAACCUUUAGGAGAAUCUUGUGUAUAUCCUUUGCCUUCAAAAGAAUAUUCUGAAAAGAUAAAUGCAAAUGAAUUAGAAGCUUUAGACUGUGUGUCAGGAAGUAAUAUUUUCAGUGUACAUGAGCAAAUAUUGCAGUCUUGUGGCCUGAGGAAGACCAUUGGCGAAUUAAAAUACUUUGAAGAGUAUUUGGCUGUUUGUGCAAGUGAGAUGGGUGAAAUGAUUUGGUGUCACUUGUCCAAUUUCUUUAUUAAAGGUGAAAAAUGCAAUUCUAUUGAAGAAUUGAUGAAGCUGAAAAAGCACAAAUGGUGCCUUAUCAUUAUACAUUGUCCUGCUACUGUUCUUCAGGGAAAAACUGUGAAUUUUAAGGCUGUAAUAGGAUAUAUUGGAUCAGAGGUUAUGCUUCCUGGAAUUCAUAUUUGCAAUAAUCACAAAGGCAUUUUGUUGAGAACUAUUAACAAAGAGGAUUUAGCCAUUGCAAAAGAAAUAUUCAGUGACAUACAAGUGAUUUGUAAGCAGUCUGAUGCAUAUGCUAAACAUCUCCUUGAAAUUUUAUACAGUAGAGGAAUUGAAGAAAUAUUUUUGUCAGCAAAAAAUGUGAAGUCACAAAGAUAUAUACAAUUUCAAGGCAUUCUUGUUAGUGUUAGUGAUACCGACCCUAACAAAGCUAUGGUUAGUAUACAGUACGAAGAAAAAGAGUAUUGUGUUUCUUUGCAACGUCAUGCAUUUGUUAGUCUUGCUAAGGACACAUUGCUUCAGGCAUUUGUUGGUUGUCCCAUUAAGGUGAUCCUAGGAUAUUCAGAAAAUUUAAAGAAUGUCAGAGUUAUGAUGGCAUGGAGUGACCUGAACCAUGCUUCUGUCUCGUCUCCAGAACCCGUAGCAAAAAUCACAGCAUGUACAUCAUCUAUGAAUACAGAAUUGAUCUGCUGUCCAAGAGCCCUUGUAAUCCAGCAUUUUCAGAUGGUGUAUCAGCAAACCUUUGAUAUCUUGACUGGAUAUCAAAUUAGCACAGACCUUGAAAAUAGUAAAGUAUUCUUUAAAUGUUCCCAAAAUGCAAAAGAUUUUGAGGUAAUGUGCCGGAUAGAUUCUGUUAGAACCCCACCAAGUGAUAUGCUUGAUAAUGACGACAGUCCAUGGUGUAUAUUGGUUCAUUUUCAUUACAAAAAGAAUGUGCGUGUACACAUUGAUGGAGUGGCAGCAUGGAAAGGUAAUGUUGAAAAUGUGAUUAUUCAGGUAUGUGAUAUUCACAAAGUUCAGCUUUUGGAUUUAAUUAUGUUCAAGAAGUCUACCCCUGCAUGGAAACCAAUUCCAGCUAGAGUAAAGAGUGAUAGUGAAUCACUGUAUGCUGAACCCCCUCUUGUAAGGGAACCAAUUCCAGCUAGAGUAAAGAGUAACAGUGAAUCACUGUACUCUGAACCUGAUCUUGUAUGGGAACAAAUUCCAGCUAGAGUAAAGAGUAACAGUGAAUCACGGUACUCUGAACCCCCUCUUGUAAGAGAACCAAUUCCAGCUAGAGUAAAGAGUGAUAGUGAAUCACGGUACUCUGAACCCCCUCUUGUAAGAGAACCAAUUCCAGCUAGAGUUAAGAGUGAUAGUGAAUCACUGUAUGCUGAACCCCCUCUUGUAAGGGAACCAAUUCCAGCUAGAGUAAAGAGUGAUAGUGAAUCACUGUACGCUGAACCCCCUCUUGUAAGGGAACCAAUUCCAGCUAGAGUAAAGAGUAACAGUGAAUCACUGUACUCUGAACCUUGGACACUUGUAUCUUCAUGUGUAAAAAGUAGAAUAUUAAGCAAGAGUGAAACAUUCAUAAAUGAGGAAGAGGUAGAAGCAGCAGCAUCCACACUCGAAGAUCACAUCCAUUUUGGAUCUGUUCCAAGUCAUUUGGAAUGUUCAUCUGUUUUGGGGAGUGACAGUUUUGAGAGGCAUGUUGGAAACAGUUUCAUUAACAACCUCAUCAGUGAGAAACCUUUGGCAAAAUCAGAAAACCGGCAAAUAAUGACCUCCUCCUCCUCCUCCUCCUCCUUCUAUUCCUCCUCCUCCUCCUCCUACUCCUCCUCGUCUUCCUCUGUGAAAGCUUCGGCUAAAUCAUUUGAAGAUGCCACUGAUCCCCAUUCUUUAACGGAGUCACCUGUUUUGAAGCGCACAUGUUUUGAAGAAAAGGUUCAGCAGUGUUCUACCAGUGAGACAGCUGAUGAAGCCCAUUUGGCUUUGCCAGAUGUACUCGUAUCCAAGGCACCUGAAGUUGUAAAUAAUGAGUCUUUUGAAGGCUCUGCGUCGGGAAGGAAAAAUGAGAGAGAUUCUGACCUGUUUCUAGAUGGAUGUUCAGUGUCAUGUGUAGGUCCAUGCAAAUUUGAAUGUGCAGAUGAGUAUCAAGGUAUUAUUAAAAGCUCAGACUUGACGAUUAUUGUCAUUCGCCAAAAUAUUUGUAUAAAUAAGUUGCCUCUGAAUGAGCCAUUAACAGAAUUUAUAAGGAAAGAAAAUAGUGAAGUUCAGGCUAUGGUUGUGCCCCUCUCCACGCCAAUGAAUGUUUUGGGCUACUCAGUCACCCAUGAAGCUAUUGUGGCUUGGGUGGGCAAUAAACCUAAGCCAGUAAGUAAAUUGUGGAAACUUUAUAAUAAUUUGCAUGGGAUCUCUUGUAUUGCCAAGGAAAGAAAAGAACAAGGAGCAAAUCUUAGAGCUGAACAAACUCCAGACCAAGUUCGUGUGUCAUCUAAAGAGGUAGACACACUUUUGGUAAUAGAUGAUAAACCUCAAACUUUAUUUGGUUGCAUCUAUGUUGACAGUUGUUCCACGCAUGGCACCCUAAGAAGUGGCACUGGCUAUAUACUGUUUGCAAAGGAGGUGAUCUACCGUCAAAAGGUUAGAAUGAGCCAGGAACGAGAUAUAAAAACGGCACUCGAUUUGAAGAGUGUAAAUGCAGUUAUUCUAAGACUCAAAGAGCCUGUUCACGUGUUAGGUUGCCAGGUUACUAAUAUUGCUUUGUUGGUCUGGCUAAAUCAGAUUCCAGAUAAAGUUCAACGUAUAAUUAAUGACAGCUUGGAUAUAUACAGAAAGAAAUGGAAAGUCAAAUUAUAUACAGCUCAAAAUGCAAAGGUUUCAGGGUCAUCAAAAUUAGCACCUGUAGAAAAUUUUAAGAUUACAAAUGCUGCAUCAAAACUAACACAUGUAAAUAAUAAUGCAUAUAAAGGUGUAUCAGCAAAACCUGGUAAAAAUGCAAAGAUUAAAGGUGCACCAGUACAACUAACACCCGUUCAGUUAGCUAGAGAAGAUAAAGCUAGAGAGAAGCCUAUCUUACAAGAUAUAAGAAUGGACCCAUUCAUGGAAGCUCAGCCAUGGAGUAUGAAGAAUAUAAACUUGACAGAAGAGUCCUUGAAUGGUGGGGAUUUAAAUGCAUCAGUAGAUACUGUGGAUGUGUUUUACAAAAUUCCAUCAAGAAUAGAAUGUUCAAAUUGUAAAAUACUUUUAGUUGGUAAUAACUAUGCUGUGAUUCAGUCUUGGCAAAGGACAGCAGUUGUACGAAAGGAUGACUUUUACAGGCACAAUACGAAGUUACCGUCAUCUUAUCCACUCUGUGAUCAGCUCAAAAAUGUGCACAGUGUUUGUGCUUUCCUUACUAAAAUGGAAAAGCCAGUGUGUCUUAAAAAGUACACUGUUACUGAUUUUGCUCUGUUGGCUUUUGCAGGCAAAUGCCCAAAAGUUGCACACAUGAUUCUUAGCGGUAUGCAAAAUCAUGCCAAAAAAAUGAUGGGCCUCUCAGUCACAACAAAAUUUCCUCCAAUCCCACCAGAGAACCUCUCAGCAGUCAAAACAAAUGUUAAUUUAGUUCCACCAAAAGUUAAAAGAAGUCUGGAAUCGAAAUCAGCAUUUGUUGGUAAACUUUCAAGAUUUUCUGGAUUCUUAGAAGUGACGAGUGAAACAUCUGAGGCGGUUAAUAUUUUUUUUCAGAGAGAUAAAGUGUAUAUCAACAAGAAACCUAUACCAGAAGAUUCAUCUCUGGCAGACUUUAUGGCUCCUUUCAUAAAUCAACCAUGGAAUUGUUCAGCUCGUCUGUUUCCUUCAAAAAAGAACAAAAUUGGAACGAGAAGAAUAUGUGGUAUAGAGGCUCACUAUUUAGCAAAUUUUAUAUGGUAUGGUGAGAAGCCAUCAAAAGAAGAAAGGGAGAGUAAAUUAUUGGAGCCGAGUAUAAAAGAACCAGCGUUGAAGCAGAAAGGGAAGUCUACUGAUACCCACUCAUCAUCGAGCAACACAUUUGGGAAGAAAGAGGUGUUAUCAUGCAGCCAGGAAAGUGGAACAGCUGAGUGCCAUUCAACAACCCAAGAAGUUAACAAAAGUGAAUCUGUGGCAGACAGAUUGAAGAAACAUAUUCAGAAUUCUCCUGAGGUAGAAAUUAACCCAUCAGGUGGAGCCAAGCGGAAAAUUAAAAAAACACUAGCCCCAUGGAUUGAUGAGAAGAAAAACACUCCAAAAGGCUGUAUCAGUGAACUUCAUCGUCUGGUUGGCCGGCUGCGUCUAGAAACUGGUGAUCAUGUAUACUUCUCAAGAGAAAAGUGCUUCUUGUAUGGAGUUUGCCUAAACAAAGUGGAACUUUGGCAUGUGUUGUCAAUUGGAAUUGUUGUUGAUUAUGAACUUAGUGAUGACAUGAAGGAUGUAAAGGGUGUGUGGGCAGGAAGUACUUCAUCAUUUGAGCCAUCACGUCUUAUCUCUAAGCUUCAAGAUUGGUGUAACGCAUAUAGUGUACCAGAUGGAGCUGCAGAUUUGUUGUUGAAGGAAGCUGGUUGGCUGCCACCUGAACUCAACCCUACAUUUGAUCAGGAUGAAGAAAUAGAAGUGGUGAAUUGCCAAACUUCUUCUUAAGCAGCACUAAUUGUGUUUUUACAUGCUAUUCAUCUCAGAAAAGUUGCUUUGAGUGGUGACUGGACUUGUUGCUGUGAUUACUGUAGUCAUUGUCACUGUAAGGCAAGAAUAUAUAAUAAAAGUAUUGUAUAUAAUAUUAUAUCAGUUUUAAGCGUGUUGCCAAGAGGUAUUAAGAUAUUAAUUUAUAUUUAUUGAUUUUGUUAGUAUCUGUAAAAUACUGUAUUUGGUGGAGUUAGUCUGCUCAAAGCGCUAUCACAAGUGCCUCUUUUUCUUUUCAGUUUUUAUCCACAAAAAUCCUAAUAAGAGAAUAAUUAUAAGUAUAUUUUUGAGUAUCAUAUUACAUUGUACAAAUUAGCAUGAAGAAUGCUUAAGGCAGGUGGGAGAAAUUACUUGUACAAACACCCAAGACAGUUGGAAAACCAAAUGGGAAUAUAUUAAAGUCUUACCAGGCAGACAGGUGUGUAUUGUAAAUGUUUCGGUGUUUACUGAGUUUGAUAAUGUCCCCUAUUUUACUUUAAAUUGUAGGUGAGGCUGCUAAUUUCAUGAUUGUUUCCCAUGAUUGGUGGAGAGGAAACCCAUUAGGCUCAUCAGUGUCCCUGUAGGCCAAUGACUGUCCAUUCCCCAGGAUGCAACCCAUGACCCCUCACCUCACUCCCGGGUAUGUAUUUUUCUGGUAGAGAACAGAGGUAUCUUGAGUCGGUAACAGUGCCCAAAUGUUUCGCCCUGCUCUGAAAUGAAGAACUGUGGUCCAAUCGGUUGUGAGCCGAUUGUGUUAACCACUGCUCUUUCAAUGUACCAAAAAAACCAAAAGGCCAAUCAUAGGAAUAUGUAUCUAACUGUAGAUACUUAGGGAUUUAAGUUGCCAUAUAAUCAAUAAAAUAUCUUUCUUAAGUAUUACAAUAUUUGAAAAAAAGGUGUGUAUGAAAAUGAGGGAUGGUUUAGUGUUUAUCAUUUUAUAAUCUGAUUUCAUAUUUACUGUUGAGUAUGUACAAUAUACACGGUACAGUAUGUUAUUCCUAUUCAUGGUUAAAUACUGGAAUUAAAGUAUGGUUUGUCUAUUAAUGUGUGCACAAUAAUGCAUUAGUUUAACAAAUUUGUUAUAUAAUUUUCAUAUUUAAAACAGCACUUGUCGCAUAAAGUACCUAAAAAUAUUUUUUCUAGAUAAUGUUCUAAUUUGUUGUGAAGUCAUGACCCAGGUGUAGCCAAUUAGGUUUUUGUUAUUUUGGGUUUUUCUCUGUGUUAGUCCUCCUGCUUUCCUCGGGCACACUUGAAGAAUGUAUGAAAGUAAGGCUGCGAAGAGUUUGGGGGCCUAUAUGGAGAGUGGCUUUGUGAGAAUGUCGAGUGUGAACCACACAUGGUUCACUCCCAGGCACGACCAGCAACAGUGUGUGUGUGUAAGCAACACAUGGUGUGUGUUCCUCCUCUGGAUUAAUCUGCUCCCAUCUACAUUCUAUUUUUUUUUUUUUAUGAGUUCUGUCCAUUUCAUUCAUCUCUCUCCACCACAUUUAAUAACUUAUGACUUCCUCAACCACAUUUUCAGUUUUAUACAAUUUGAUUUUAUUCAGUUAUUCUAUGCUUAUCUUUAAUACAGCUGCCUUUACAUUUGUUCUACUGCCAGGCUCUUUGUUGUACGUCUUGCAGUACUUCUGAAUAUUAGUAAGUUACCAAAUACCAGAUUAGGUAUAUUCAUGAUUUUUAAACAGUUUUUGGGAAUUAAGUGAUAUUUUGAAGUAUUUAUGUUUUAAAUACAAUUGGCUUAAAGGCACAGUAGGUGCUUUGAGUUUUGGUAAGUUCUGGCUCUGUUGAGCAGCUUGAAGCUUUAAGUAAUUUUAAUAUUCAUAUUUAAUUUGGUGGGUACUUUAAAGUAAAUGUAGUAAUUCAUGCACAAAUCUUCCUUGCUCUGACACCGAGUUUGUCGGUAUGUGGUUAGUGCAGGUGGAAAGUAAUCAGUAGUGAAGAGACUUCUGACUACAGGAGGAAAUUUUCAUAAGUCCAAUUUUUAGUUUUGUUUAUUAAAUCUGACUCUAUUUAUGUAUAUACAUUUUGGUAUAGAUCUCCAACUUUUGGAUAAUUAACUUUGUAUACCAUAUUAUGGUAAUAAACAGAAAGCCUUGUGUACAAUGUAUUGUAAUGUAUAUAUACUUUAUGGUAAAGUACAUGCACAAAUGAAGUUAAAUCUAAAUAAAGAAAGUAUGUAGUGCCCUGAUGACAGUUCUGAAUAAAAAUUAAUUAGUUUUGUAGAGUAAUGCUGUUUAACCCUUUGUGGAUAUUUCAUGUUGGGUAACAUAAUCAUUCAUUACUUGCAAGUUAAUCUAGUUCACAAUGUACGUACUGUUUUUGCCUCGGAUGAGACCAAAAUUGUAACAUAUUGUAUCCCAAAAUAUUGUUUCAUAAUGUGAAUUGGAUUGCUGUAUUUUCCCUAAUUAAUAAUAAUAAUGCAAACAGAAUUUAUUAACUUGUUAUAAUCACAGCAGAAGUAUAUUCUUUGCAAAAAUAUGAAUAUCCAAGUUAUAAAAUUGUUUGUUGUUGUUUUCUUUGUAUAUUAGAAAACAUGAGCAGUUUUAUCAGAUAUAACAUACUCUACAGUAUAUAGUAUAAUUUGUAAUACUGUUGAAAUACUUGGUGCUAAGGGAAUGGUCAGGUUUCCUGAAUCAAGUCUACAAAGGGUUAAUUAACAUGGUAUCAUUGUGCUUUAAAUGUUGUUUUAAAAUGCUGAAUAGCUUCCCUCUUGUGUACAAGAACUGCUCUUAACUUUGUUAUCCAGGUAGAGGUGUAGAAUAGUUUGAGACUACAGCAAAUUACACCAGAUUCUACCUUUAAAAUGUUUAAGUUUACCUUAUUGUAUAUGACACUUAAAAUGUCUAACCCGUCCUCUCGAAUAAUAUAUUGCAUUUAAACGCGAAAAUUUCCAAUAGCCAAAUAAAGGUGUACUAUAAAUCAUAGCGGCUCAAACAUUCACACUUUCUAUGCGUGGGACAAUAGGUUAGGUUAAGUUUGAGCAUUUUAGUACAUCAUUUUCAGUCCAUUGUGGCAACUCGAGAGGACAGGCUACAAUAUCAUCAUAUUCUCUGCAGAUCCAUGACAUAUAUAAAAUUAUCUGGGUCAUUAAUGAAACAUGAAGGUGCUUAAAAUGUGUAAUUGAGGAGUCGAUGUGAUAUUUAGUUUGACUUCUUUCCUGGUUCUUACAAGAGUUUUCAUUAGUUUGUGGAUAUUAGAAUCAAGAAUGUGCUGUCAACUACUCAUUCAUUUCAAAUAAAUGAUGCAGUUGCAGCGAAAGGCAAAAGCUACUCAACAAAAGUGUAUAUAUUAUUAACAAUGCCUGUGUCAGGGGGCCAUGUGACAAAAUAUUUUCCCCUCUCUGCUUUGGGUAAUUCAGAGCAGGCUGUGACUUAACCUUAACAUGUUAGUAUCUAUACAGUUACAGUAUUAGAAACAAGUGACUUUGUUACCUUAAGUAGUUGUUGUGUACGUAUUUGGAUCAUUAAAAUGCUGUCAACAAA